UUACAAAAAAUGUAUAACUUAUUUGAAUACGAAAAUGUGUUGAGUUUUGCUUCAGAUGACACAGGCCCUAAGGAACAGAAGAGUGCGGGAAUAAUCUUCAACACACAAUUUCAAGAAAUCAACGCUUUUUAUCAACUGACAAGUUGCGCUAUGAAGGUUAUUGGCGCUGGUCUCCCCAAGACAGGCACGAAGUCUCUUGCGGCCGCGCUUAGUCAUCUUGGAUACACCGUGCACGAUGUCGAAGAGCACUGGCGGUUUCACUGCGAUGAGUACAUUGCUGCAUUGGAGGGCCGUACGCCGAACUUCAGAGACAUCUACAGAAACGUCGACGCCGUGACUGAUGCGCCAGCAUGCCUGUUCUAUAAAGAAAUCUCGAAGGCUUUUCCAGACGCCAAGGUGGUUCUUUCAGUGCGAGAUGACGCGGAAACAUGGCGCAAAAGCUUCCUUACAACUGUCGGCAUUUUUAUACCUAAUACGGACAGUCUUGUUAUGAAACUUUGCAAAUACUUCACCCCGACUGGUAGAAGAUGGAACCGCCUGAUGCAAUUGCAAGGGCCUUGGAUGGAUUACAGCAAGCACAAUAUCGAAGUCAUAGCCUCCAUUCCAGCGAAUCAGCUGCUUGUCUUUAAUCCCAAAGAGGGGUGGGAACCCCUGUGUGCGUUCUUGGGGGUUGAAGUUCCUGAUAUUCCAUUCCCACGAUUAAAUAGGAAAUCCAAAGAUAUACCGCGCAUUAUACACGACUCGUGGUCCGUCCGUCGAAUGAAAAAGGAACUCGCACUGAUGUUUACUGUGUUUGUGGGACUUAUAGCCUGCGCACGCACUUACAUCCUGACGUAACUCGCCACAACUAGAAUGUUUUUUUAGUUACAUCUAAAUCCUAUUAUACUCUCCUUAGGGGGUAAGGGUCCACUUAGCAGACAUGCCAGUUACCACUGUUUUUCGGGGUCUAUUUUACUAACUUAAUCGGACACCUUUUUUAUCCUAUAGCGAAUGUAAAGAGCUGUGGAGCGAUUUUCAUAUGCUCGGGAGCCUGUUUAACCACUUCCCGCGUGUAUCCACAUAAAAUAAACAACAGUUAUCGUUAUAGAGGAAGGUGAUGUAUUAGCGUGAGGAAAAGCUAGAUGGAUUUUGGUGAUACAUUAAUAGCAUGAGUUCGAACGUUAAGGUUGAUCAUAACUCUCUUUUAAAUAUCUCUGGGCAUUUUUUUUAAGAUUCGAAUAACAAUCAAUUCCUACUCUGAAAGCUUGUGUAUUGUUCUUUUGUCAUACUUUAAGAAAAGCCAUAUAGGUUUCAGUGCGCAGGUACUAUAAUUCCAGAUUCAAACUGUCAAUGGAACUUUUAUGCAUGAUCUUUAUAAAAAAAGUACAGAAACCCUUAACAUUAGAUACUACAGAAUGGAAAUGUAAACUCUAGUACCUGUGGCAGUCUUCAGGCAUUCCAAACGCAGAGGUAGCGGCAUCUUUGCCGGAGACACGCCCUUUGGCUAUAAGCUUGCGCCGGAUCUUAUCAGCUCUCUCCGUAACCAGGAUGUCCUUGACGCCAAGUGUAAAGCCGUGGAAUUGGAGAAACGAGGUGAAUACCCUCGCUAGUGCAGACAAUAGUUCACCCGACAUCACACCACCAUAGAGCUGUCAACAAAGCAAUACACCUAUUUAAAUAGACGUUGACAGCGGAAAUUGCGAUUGGAGGUAAUCACUGCAUUUCUACUGUGACAGUCAUCUAAAGUGCUGCAUUUGACAAUACCUCAUUACAGCAAUGAACCAAUCCGUAGGGUGUGUUCCCAUAGUGAGCUUUGUCGAGAACACCACACAACAAGUGGCCAUCACGAAUAACAACCUGAAUGGCAAAUAAGGAAUGAAAUGGAGUGACGAUUGUGAUAGUGUCUAGAAAUGCCACUGAAGAUGGUACCACGGGCAGUCGUCCCAAGCGGUUCACAAAAAUGGGUUAAAUAGUAAGAAGACAAGGAAUUUUGGUGCCCAAUACAGAGAGCCACAAACCUCUGACAAAACCCCAUGCUGAUCUAACUGAGAAUCAGGCCCUGGUCACCGAAUGCCAAUAAGCUAUUACGCCUUUCUCUAGGCAUUCGAUAGGCUUCUGAAAUUUAGCUGAAUCUCUUACAUGCAACACAAGCUGACAAGAUAAGAGCAGCCAUAACGGGUAACUAUGCAAAACAUAGUCGACCCACUCAUUUUCACAGUUCUUUGCAAAGUUCUUAGCAGAUAAGGGCAUUAUACAGUAGAUGAAUCCAGAUGUGUACCCAAGAUUAGCUGAGGGGGUGCAUAGUCAUAGGUAUCAUAUGGAAAAAGCAUAGUAUUUUAAUAUUUCCUAAUAAGAAAUAACCCACCUUUUGGCCGCACCGGUGUAUGCGCCACCCCAAACAGACUACAGACGUAGCAUUGCAACAUUACCUCAGACUCUGACAUGUCAUCUCCUUUUAAGACUUCCAAGUCAAGGAACUGCCUUCUGGGUUUUCGUGUGUUCCAGUUCUGAAAAAUGCAAACAAUAAUUCUACAGCAUGAAUCAUUUUACUAUGAUGUGAUCUUAUGUAAUUUCCAAUAAGCAGCAAAAAACGGCUAAUAAUUAGAUUCAGUUGAGAUCAACUAUAUACAACUGAGAUUAUCUGUAUCGAUGUAAUAAAGUUUUCGUAUGCUAUAAUGUUCUUUUACUUUA